AUGCGCCGCCUCCCGCGGGCCGCGCUGCUGCCGCUGCCGCUCGCCCUGCUCGUGGCCGCCGGGGCCCCCGAAGCGCCGGUGAGCGCGCCGCGGAGCCUGGUGUGGGGGCCCGGGCUGCGGGCGGGCGUCGUGCUGCCCGUCCGCUAUUUCUACCUGCAGGCCGUGAACUCGGAGGGCCAAAACCUCACUCGCUCGCCCCCAGGUCAAACACUAUUCAAAGUAGUAAUCAAAUCUCUUUCACCUAAAGAAUUAGUCCGGAUUCACGUCCCCAAACCUUUGGACAGGAAUGAUGGGACAUUUUUGAUGCGAUAUAGGAUGUAUGAAACUGUCAACGAAGGGCUAAAGAUAGAGGUCCUUUAUGGUGAUGAACAUGUGGCUCAGUCUCCUUAUAUUUUGAAAGGACCAGUGUACCAUGAGUACUGUGAGUGUCCUGAAGAGGAUCCUCAGGCCUGGCAGAAAACUCUUUCUUGUCCAACCAGGGAACCACAGAUUGCAAAGGAUUUCGCUUCCUUCCCCAGCAUCAAUCUCCAGCAGAUGCUAAAUGAGGUUCCAGAAAGGUUUGGGGAUGAGAGGGGUGCCAUUGUUCACUACACGAUUCUCAAUAACCGUGUCUACCGGAGAUCUUUAGGGAAAUACACAGACUUCAAAAUGUUCUCGGACGAGAUUUUGCUGUCACUGGCAAGAAAGGUCCUUCUCCCCGAUAUAGAAUUUUAUAUUAAUCUUGGAGACUGGCCUCUGGAGCAUCGAAAAGUCAAUGAAACCCCUGGCCCUUUACCUAUCAUUUCAUGGUGCGGCUCCUUGGAUUCACAGGAUGUUAUCCUUCCAACGUAUGACAUCACCCACUCCACACUCGAAGCGAUGAGGGGUGUCACCAAUGACCUCCUCUCUAUUCAGGGAAAUACAGGGCCUUCCUGGAUCAAUAAAACAGAGAAAGCUUUCUUCAGAGGUAGAGAUAGCCGAGAAGAGAGGCUCCAGUUGGUACAGCUGUCCAAGGAAAAUCCAGAGCUUCUAGAUGCAGGAAUUACAGGAUAUUUCUUUUUCCAAGAGAAAGAAAAGGAGCUUGGAAAAGCUAAAUUGAUAGGUUUCUUUGAUUUCUUUAAGUACAAGUAUCAAGUGAAUGUGGAUGGGACUGUGGCGGCUUAUAGAUAUCCGUACCUCAUGCUGGGCGACAGUUUGGUUUUGAAGCAGGACUCAACAUAUUAUGAACAUUUCUAUAUGGCACUAAAGCCUUGGAAACAUUAUGUUCCAAUUAAAAGAAAUCUUAGUGAUUUACUAGAGAAAAUUAAGUGGGCCAAGGAAAAUGAUGAAGAAGCCAAGAAGAUUGCAAAAGAAGGGCAAUUGGCUGCUAGGGAGCUGCUGCAGCCGCACCGGGUUUACUGCUAUUAUUACAGAGUGCUCCAGAAAUACGCUGAGCGCCAGUCCAGCAGACCCGAAAUACGUGAUAGGAUGGAACUUGUUCCUCAGCCAGAUGAUAACACGUCCCUGUGCCAGUGUCACCGGGAAGGACCUUUCAGAGAAGAGCUUUAA